AAGCUGAUUUAUUUUAUUUAUCUGUGGGAAUGGCGAUUGAUGAUUCUGGUGGUGUCAAGAGAUUUUUGUAGAAAAUCUUGUGCGAAUUUAUUGCGUUGUAAUAUCAGCUGGGUGUUAUUUCUUUAAAAUAAACUUUAGAUUUCUUUAAAACAGUUCGAAGUGCAUUUUAUUUGACAUCGAUGAUUAUUGUCAACUGAUUGCAAGUGGUGACCUGGGCCACUAAGUUAAGAAGAUGGCGGAAGUGGAUCCAGAAACAUUAUUAGAAUGGCUGCUGACUGGGCAGGGUGAUGAGCGUGACAUGCAGCUCAUUGCUCUUGAACAACUGUGCAUGUUGCUGCUCAUGUCCGACAAUGUUGAUAGAUGCUUUGAAAGCUGUCCUCCAAGAACAUUUCUUCCAGCAUUGUGUAAAAUAUUCUUAGAUGAAUGUGCACCAGACAAUGUGCUGGAAGUGACAGCCAGAGCUAUUACUUACUAUUUGGAUGUGUCUGCUGAAUGUACAAGACGGAUUGUGGCUAUUGAAGGAGCAGUGAAGGCCAUUUGUAGCAGACUGCUCACAGUUGAUCCUAACAAUCGCACCAGCAAGGACCUUGCUGAGCAGUGCAUUAAAGUAUUGGAAUUGGUAUGCACCAGAGAAGCAGGUGCCGUGUGGGAAGGUGGUGGCCUCCCUGCUGUUUUACACUUCAUUACACAUCAUGGUACAUCUGUGCACAAGGAUACACUUCACUCAGCCAUGGCAGUUGUUUCAAGGGUUUGUGGCAAAAUGGAGCCGGGUGAUGCACGCGUGGGCGACGCGGUGUCGUCACUGUCGGCGCUGCUGCGUCACAAUGACGCCCGAGUGGCCGACGCUGCUCUGCGCUGCUUUGCCUCUCUAGCUGACCGUUUUGCUCGCGCGCAUGCUGACCCAGCCCCUCUUGCUGAACAUGGUUUGAUUGAGGAACUAGUUCGCCGGUUGGGAAGUGCUGAAAGUGGUGAUGACAAGUGUUCAGCUCCUGCAGUAUCCACCACAGUCAGUCUGCUCUCCACACUAUGCCGUGGUUCUGCACAGAUCACACAUGACCUCGUCCGCCUGGAGUUGUGCUCAGCUGUGGAGGCAGCUGUGCAGGCCGAUGAGCGCUGGUGUCUCGAAUGUAUGCGUCUCGUUGAUCUGUUGCUUGUGCUCUUGUGUGAGGGUCGGCACGCCAUACAAAAUGGUUCAACUCGAAACGGGAGUUCGACAUCUGGGUCGAGCGGCUCUGGCGGCGCGAGCGGCGAGGGCUCGUCGGCGAGCGGCAGCGGCGCCCGCGGCGACAAGUCGCACCGGCAGCUCAUCGACUGCAUCCGCGGCAAGGACACGGACGCGCUGCUCGCCGCCGUGUCCAGCGGUGCCGUCGACGUCAACUUCACUGACGACGUCGGACAAACAUUGCUCAACUGGGCCUCGGCUUUCGGUACCAGGGAAAUGGUCGAGUUCCUGUGUGAAAAAGGUGCUGAUGUAAACCGUGGUCAACGUAGUUCAUCUCUGCACUACGCGGCGUGCUUCGGUCGCCCCGCUAUCGCCAAGGUGCUCCUUCGCUACGGGGCUAAUGCGGAUUUGCGAGAUGAGGACGGCAAGACACCGCUUGAUAAGGCUCGCGAAAGACACGAUCAAGGUCACAGGGAAGUGGCAGCUAUUCUUCAGUGCCCUGGCGAGUGGUUGGUUGUCGGUAAUCACGACUCACCAUCACCUACCAAUGAUGAUGAUUUUCCUGAAACUGGCGACAAGGAAAUGGCAGCAAUUUAUCUAGAACGGCUGGUGCCGGUGUUCUGCGCGCGCUACCUGGGCGCGGGCGGCGCGGGCGUGCGGCGCGCGUGCCUGUCGCUGGUGCGCAAGAUGGUGCACUACGCGCCCGCGCGCCUGCUGCGCGCGCUGUCCCGCCGCCGCGACCCGCCCGCCGCCGCGCUGCUCACGCAGCUCGUCGCCGCCGUGCUCGACAACGCCGACGACGAUGACGGUCACCUCAUUGUGCUGGGCAUCGCAGAAGAGCUCAUGGUGAAGGCAUCCGAUAUAUACCUGGAGCAGUUCGCGCGUCUCGGCGUCUUCAGCAAGGUGGAGGGACUGGCCGCCGCGCCGGCUGCUUUCAUGUCUUCAGAUAAUGACACUUCUAGUACUUCGGGUUGUAGUGAAGACGCGUCGUGCCUGUCAAGCGGCGUUGGGUACUCGUGGGCGGAGUGGUCGCUGUGCCGCGGCCGCGACGCGCUCUACGUGUGGAGCGACGCGGCCGCGCUCGAGCUCAGCACCGGCAGCAAUGGCUGGUUCCGCUUCCUGCUCGACGGCAAACUCGCCACCAUGUACUCUAGCGGCAGCCCUGAACAUCAGACUGAUAAUACUGAAAACCGUGGUGAAUUUAUCGACAAACUGCAAAGGGCUCGAGCCUCAGUAAAGAAUUCGGUCCCACAACCGAUUCUCUCGAAGCCGGGAACGUCUAAAUUGAUUAUUGGGAACUGGGCUCUUUCCUGCAAAAAAGAAAAAGAAUUACAAAUCCACAACACUGAUGGGCAGCAACAGACCACAAUACUCAGAGAAGACUUGCCUGGUUUUAUUUUUGAAUCCAACAGGGGAACCAAACACUCAUUUACUGCUGAAACCUUUUUAGGUCCCGAGUUGGCAAGUGGCUGGACAGACCGCAGGACUGUGACGCCUCAUAAUGCGGUAAAUGCAAGUCGAUCACGAUUGGCAGCUAAAGCAGAAGCAUUAAAAGCACAGGUGUGCGAGCGAGCCCGCGCGCUGUACUCGCGGCACCUGGCCAACGCGGCCACGCGCCAGCCGCGCCCGCCCGUCGCGCGGCUGCGGGCCCUGCUCGCCACCAUGCAGCGCCUCGCCACGCAGCCCACAGACGACUGGCAGCGCGAGCUGAAUGAGUCCCUUGAUCAAUUGACUGAGCUGUUGUGUGGAGAUGAACUGCUCUCAGCGUAUGAACUGCAGUCUAGUGGUCUGGCGCCUUCCUUGCUGCAAGUGCUUUCACCACAAGCGAACGAUGCUCCGGGGCAGGCUGUGGCUCGCGCGCGGCUGGUGCGCGCGUGGGUGUCGCGGCGCGGCGGCGCGGCGGGCGGCGUGCUGGCGCGGCGCCUGGUGGCCGUGCUGGAGAGCGUGGAGCGCCUGCCCGUGCUGGCGCCGCACGGCGACGCGCCGCCGCCCGCCGCCGGCACGCUGCACCACCUCACCAAGCGGAUCAGGUUGCGUGUCGAGCGUGCAAACGAUGAAACUACUGAAGACUCAACGUCGAACAACGGCAACAACGCCGGCCGCAAUCUGAAAGUAGAGGCGUUGACGACUGUACGACAACUAGAGAGAUUCCUCGCCAAGUCUGUCGCCCGCCAGUGGUACGAUAUGGACCGUGCCACUUUCAACUUCGUACAGAAGAUCAAAGCCGAGGCGCCAAUUACAUUUACAUACGAACAUGAUUUCGACGAGAAUGGAAUCAUUUACUUCAUUGGCAGCAAUGGAGGCACUUGCGAAUGGGUAAAUCCCGGUGCCCACGGUCUGGUCAGUGUUUGGUCGUCCGACGGCAGACAGUUGCCGUACGGUCGCGCCGAGGACGUGCUCUCGAGGUCCCCGGAGCCUCUCAAUGUACACACGAACGAUGAUAGACGAGCGUUCAUAGCGCUAGAUUUGGGCUUACAAGUAGUGCCUUCAGCGUACACUUUACGUCACGCACGCGGCUAUGGGCGUUCAGCGCUCAGAAAUUGGCUAUUUCAAAUGUCAGCUGACGGCGUGACGUGGAGCACGCUGUUGUCGCACAGCGACGAGCAGACGUUACAGGAGCCGGGCAGUACGGCCACGUGGCGGAUCCGCGCCGACGCGCCGUACCGGUACCUCAGGAUACAGCAGAACGGGAAGAAUGCCAGCGGACAGAGCCAUUAUCUGUCACUCUCCGGCCUUGAGAUUUAUGGCAAAGUGGUGAGCGUGAACGAGGUGGGUCCGCGUCAGUGCGGCGGCGGCGGCGCGGCGGUGGGCGCGGGCGGCGGCGCGCGGGCGCGGCGCUGGUCGCGCGGGGCCCGCGGGGUCUGCGCCGGCGCGCGGGUGCUGCGCGGCCCCGACUGGAAGUGGCGCGACCAGGACGGCCCGCAUCCCGCGCUCGGCACCGUCACCUCUGACCUGCACAAUGGAUGGGUUGACGUCAGGUGGGACCAUGGAGGACGCAACUCGUACCGAAUGGGUGCAGAGGGCAAAUUCGACCUAAAGGUAGUGAGCGGUGGCGCCACCGGCGGCGAUAACAAACAAGGCCGCAAGAGCCACUCCACUCCCAGCCUGCCUGAUGCUACGGGCGCCGACCAUCAGGUAUCGGUGGCAUCGACCGAGCAAGCGUCGUCAGCGGAUAACAUAUCGAGCGAGGAGAUGGCGAGCAACAUGUCACGGCCUCGCACCCAUGCAACCGACCUCUCUGCUAUCAACAAUUCUACGCACCAUAUUAAUACAGAUCUAGCAACAAUUGUAGAAUCGCUGACACUUGGAGCGGAGAGCAAUAAUUGCAUGUCCGAUUUGGGCAACACUUCCUUUACAAACAUGGAAAUGGGCCCCACAAGCAUUACCGACAUCACCAAACCCUACCCAGCCAAAGAACCGGUACCAGAAACUAAUACUCAAGAGGUCGCGGACGUAGUGCGCAACACCGCCAACGCGCUGCUGUCGCGCGACCUGCCGGCGCUGCCCGCCUGCCUGCUGCAGGCUCUGCGCGACAACGCCGCCCGCCUCCACCUGCAGUGUGAGGACAACGACGCUGCCGAUGGUCAGUACGGUGACCACAAGAAAGACAGUCAGUCCGGUGGCUCAGGCGCGAUGAGCGCUAGCGAACCAGAUUUAACUCAACAGGGUGCCGCAAGGCUGUUGGAAUCUCUAGGAGUGGGUCGCGGCGCGGGUGCCGGGCGCGGCAACAACCCACAGCGUGCUCCUCGGACUAACCACUCCACUAGCCUAUUCCCAAGUUUGGUGCGCCUCGCUCUCUCAAGCAACUUCCCUGGAGGACUACUCUCAGCUGCUCAAAGCUAUCCGUCGCUGGUUCCAAACGCACAAAAUGCUCUCACUCUGUCUCUCACGUCCACGUCGAGUGAAAGUGAACAGUGGCUGCAGGUGUCGUUAGAAGACUUCCUGGAGUCGUGUCGCGCUCCCGCCUUGCUGACGGAGCUGGAGGACGACGAUGAAGGCGAAGACGCGCUCGAUAGUGAUAAGGAAAACGAACCCACAUAUCAAGAGGUAGUCUCACGGAAUCUACUGUCAUUGAUGGAAGAAGAAGCUUUGGAAGCAGUUCGAGGUAACAGUGGCCAGGGUAGCCGUCAGCGUAAACCAUGGGAUGAUGAUUUCGUUUUAAAACGACAGUUCUCGGCGCUCAUACCGGCGUUCGACCCUCGACCUGGAAGAACUAAUCUGAACCAAACUGUUGAUCUGGAAAUCCCUCUAAACGAGUCAUCGGACGGUGAGGAGAGCAGCAGCACGGAGACGGGCGGCACGAGCGCGGGCGCAGGUGGCGCGGGCGGCGGGCGGCUGCCGGCGCUGCGGCUGGUGCUGAGCGCGGGCGGCGCGUCCGUGGCGCUGGAGCGGCCGGCCUGGACUCUGUACCGCGCUGUGCUAGCGUUGACUGCGCGUCUGCCGCUACUCGACACGCACCGCGACCUCACAUACACAUUAACAUACAAGGAAAUUGAGGGCAUGGAAACAUUCGCCUCUUCCAGCGACAGCGAGGAUGACGAACCAUGCGAUCCGGAGCGCGGUAUCGCGGGUGCUGAGGGCGCGGAAGGCGCGAUGGCGACGUGCUGCGUGCGCGUGCUGCGACGUCUGCGCAGUGCCGCGCCCUCGCUGCCGGCCGAGGCCUUCGUGUCUACCAAGCUUACUAACAAACUGCACCAGCAGCUGCAAGAACCUCUCACACUGGCCGCCGCUGCCACGCCGCUGUGGUGCCAGCAGUUGAACGACUGGUGUCCGUUCCUGUUCCCUCUAGAGACUCGCCAAAUGUUCUUCGCGUGCACAGCCUUCGGAACGUCUCGCACUAUCGUCUGGUUGCAGGCUCAGCGGGAUCGCGCUCUCGAUAGACAAAGAUCUGGUAACACGGUGUCUCCGCGCCGUGCCGAGCUCGAAGCGACAGAGUUCCGCAUGGGUCGCCUGCGGCACGAGCGAGUGCGGAUACCGCGCCAGCCGGACCUGCUGCGCUCUGCUAUGCAGGUGAUGCGCGUGCACGCGGGCCGCAAGUCGGUGCUGGAGGUGGAGUUCGCGGGCGAGGAGGGCACGGGGCUGGGCCCCACGCUGGAGUUCUACGCGCUGGUGGCGGCCGAGCUGCAGCGCGCCGACCUCGCCAUGUGGCUCAGCGACGCGCCCGCCGCCGCGCACGACGACUCCGCGCCGCACCACCUCGUGCUGCCCGACGAGAAACCGCCGGGAUACUACGUGACCCGUGCAGGCGGUCUGUUCCCAGCGCCGCUCCCUCAAGACUCCCCCAUCUGUGAUACAGUUUGCAAAUAUUUCUGGUUCUUAGGAGUAUUUUUAGCUAAGGUUCUGCAGGACGGGCGGCUCGUCGAUUUACCGAUCUCAGAGCCCUUCCUGCGUAUUAUGUGCGGCGAGGAAUUGACCAAUGACUGUCUAGAGGAGAUUGAUCCAAUCAGGCAUCGGUUCCUGCAGAGCGUAGUAGCGGCGGCAGAGCAGUACGACAGCAUCAUGCGCGACACGACCCUGGACGAGGAGGAGCGCAGUGCUCAAGUCGCCGCGCUCACCGUGGAGGGCGCCACCUUCGAGCAGCUCGCGCUCACCAUGACGCACGUGGCGGCCCACGCCGACCCCGCCGUCGCCGUGCAGCCGCUCUGCGACAACGGCGAGAACAUCGAGGUGGGUGGGCACAACGCGCGCGCGUACGCGGAGAGCAGCGCGCGCUGGAUGGUGCGCGGCGGCGUGCGGCGCCAGACCGCCGCCUUCCGCCGCGGCUUCGGCGCCGUGUUCCCGCCGCGACGCCUGCGCGCCUUCUGCGCCGCCGAGCUGCGCCUGCUGCUGUGCGGCGAGCGCGGGCCCGUGUGGACGCGCGACCACCUGCUGCAGUACACCGAGCCCAAGCUCGGCUACACGCGCGACAGGUACACACAUACAUUACUGCUGCGCCGCCGAGCUGCGCCUGCUGCUGUGCGGCGAGCGCGGGCCCGUGUGGACGCGCGACCACCUGCUGCAGUACACCGAGCCCAAGCUCGGCUACACGCGCGACAGGUACACACAUACAUUACUGCUGCGCCGCCGAGCUGCGCCUGCUGCUGUGCGGCGAGCGCGGGCCCGUGUGGACGCGCGACCACCUGCUGCAGUACACCGAGCCCAAGCUCGGCUACACGCGCGACAGGUACACACAUACAUUACUGCUGCGCCGCCGAGCUGCGCCUGCUGCUGUGCGGCGAGCGCGGGCCCGUGUGGACGCGCGACCACCUGCUGCAGUACACCGAGCCCAAGCUCGGCUACACGCGCGACAGUCCCGGUUUCCUGCGGCUCGUGGACGUGUUGGUGGAGAUGUCGCUCCGCGAGCGCAAGGCGUUCCUGCAGUUCGCGACCGGCUGCAGCAGCCUACCACCCGGCGGCCUCGCCAACUUACAUCCCCGGCUCACUGUUGUGCGAAAGGUUGACGCUGGAGACGGGUCCUAUCCGUCAGUCAAUACAUGCGUUCACUAUUUGAAGUUGCCGGAAUACUCUUGCAAAGAAGUCCUGCGAGAGCGUCUGCUCGCUGCGACCAACGAGCGCGGCUUCCAUCUCAACUAGAUGCAGCUAUUGCAAAACUGUCUGGGAUAUCGAAAGGUACCUCGACGUUUUGGAAUAACUUAAGUUCAUUUUGUACUAUUGUCACUCAUGCACUUUCGCCUUUGGACACGCGGAAUUAGUUAAUAAUUAUAUAUUUAUUCAACAUAAUAUCCGUCGCCUUUGACAGCUAAGCGAAAUAAAACCAAUAGUGCUCGUCAGAUGUUAACUUCUCAAUGAUCGAACUGAGUACAUUACCUAAGAAGUUACAGUUAUUUUUAAUAUAGAAAUGUAACCUUAUAGUAUGUCAGCUCAUAAUAUAAAACUGAUCUCUUGGAACAUAUUUUUCAAGACCCUAUGAAAUAAAUAGUAUUUUAUUAUAUCAAGGUUCUUAUUCUCAAAAAAGUGUCGUAACUUUCGUUAUUAUCAUGCAAUUGAAUAUUUUAUUUUUAAUAUUAUGUAUAAAUAAUUGCAUGAGUUUAAUAUAUUUUAUAGAAGGGUGUGACUGUGUGAAAAAAAAAUAAGAGGCUGCCUACCUAUUUAUUAUUGGGAGUUCAUAGCAAUAUUCAAAAACAUGUAAUUUUUAGAUGUUGGUUUAAAAAUAUGAAUACAUUGCAACGUUCUAAACUUGUAUCCACAGACAAAACUAAUUUUGAUAAUAAUGUUACACUAAGAUAAACUAGUUUACACCAAAGUAAACUUUGCUUCACUUUAAAAUUAUCGUUACAGUGAGAAUAUACCACAGUCUACCAAUAUCUUACCCUGGCAUCAACUAUCUAUUGGCUGACUUCUGUUCUCAAUAUGGACUUUAAAAACAGCACUUUAUAAAACUUACACUUUAUAUUUUAACGGUUUUAUAAAAUAUUGAUGAUUGUUGCUUAUCUCAUAACAACUCAACUAGCAAGUUUUUCACAUAACUUUCCAUAAGAGACACGACAAUACUCCUCUCACCUGUGACACAUUGAUGGCGGUACACUGUGGUAUAACAGUACAUGUAUGUAAUUUUGAUUUGUGUGUGUUUUAAAGAUAAAUUAAUGAAUGAGUAGGUAUAUAGUGUUUCAAACUAAUUUUAGAUAAAUGUUUGUGUAUGCUGUGGUGAUAUUUAGUUUUAUUUUCGGAUACACUAAGUUCUUUCACGAGGAGUUUAGUUCAAAUGUAAUCUAUGAUCUGUCUGCAAUAAAAAUGUUUAAAUAUUACCAUUCAUUUUGUUUUGAGUUUGUGCUUCCAAUGGAUUCGAUAAUAUAUAAUUAAUAUUCGUAAAAGAGCAUAUAAAUCGUAAAAAUUAUUUAAAAUGCGAGUUUUGAUUUUUUCUUUGGUUAUAUUGUAUUAAAACCAAAAACAUAAAUGCAAGCUUCUCGGUAAAUCAACACAUAUUUUAGUGUAACGGCUGAAAUGUUAGUUGUGCACAAUUUAUAAUUUGUAACACUGAAACACAGACAGCUAUUGAAGCAGCGUGCCAACUUCGUCGCUUGAAGCCGUUGCGUUUAAUAUGUGCUUGUGAUACCUUAAUUAGGACUGAAAUUAUGAUAAAGUAUAGCAAAUUUUAACUUUAGGGUGUGAAACACUAGUGCGUUUCUACGAAGAUAUUUAGAUAUGUUCCUUUAGUUAAAUAAUUUUGUCAACUGAAAGUUGGUAUAUAUUGUGAUUUAUUAUUAUAAAACUAAUUUACGAAUUAAAAUAUAUUUAGUUUAAAUUUAAUAGAUAUUUAGAUUAAAAUUAUUAACCAUAAUGGCAUCAUGUAGUGCUCAUGUAAUUGUUGUUGAGGAUUGUAUCAAUAAAUUAAGCAAAAAUCA